AUGACACGGAAAAGUGACAGACCCAAUGAUGCUGAUGUAAUUCCCAUUAAGAGCGUGCUCACUGGAAAAAUCUCACACAAGGCACCUGACACACCAUUUUUGGGAUGUGUGAACAUUCUGAUUCUGGCGUCUGUAGGUGAAUUAUUAAGGAAUAAUCACAAGCAAAGGGAUCUGUCUACUUUCAGUGUAGAUGAAACCAGUUUUGCUGAAUAUUUUUUUAAUCUGUGGUUAGUUGGAUCUGUGGAUGCAGAACCUACAGAUGUGAAGGCUUCUGAAGGAUCAUUCUCUGGUGAUGGUGACACAGACCAAAGGGCAGUAGAGGAGAUGGUGACAGGUGUGGUGGUGUCUCUCUCUUCAUCAGUGACUCUCCCUAGCUGGAAGAUAAAGUGGAAUCCACAAAUCAUCCUAGAUUGGAAGCCCUGCUUAAUUGUCCUGGUCCAUUUUGGGAUGGUGCCUCAUACCCCUGAUGACCCCCAUGCUCUAAAGAGUGGAACUUGGAAGAAGAUGCCCAAAGUUGACAACAUGCCAACAAUUACUAUUUGCAAAGCUCUGACCUCUCCCAGUGUAAACUACAUCCGCUGGAAAGUACAUGGAGACUGGGUUACUCAGCUGAACUACUAUGACUCUAUGAAAGCCAUCAUUUCCAGCUCCAACCAUGAGCCUACAGCUCUAGUAAUAGGGUGCACUAUGGGAACAACAAAUGUCAAGCAAAAGAUGAGAGAGAUGAUGCAUGUUGGAAAAGAUGUCAAGACCAGGGAAGGGCCAGCAUCCUCUACUUUGCCUCAAAAACGAGCAGAAUGGGAUCAAACAGUAUUUCAUAUCUAUAAAGGAGUCAAAGUGUUUUCAUUCUGCAAGAUAAAGAACUUGCUGCUGACGGGUGGCUUGGACCGGAUCAUUAGAGUCUGGAAUCCCUAUCUGCCUGGAAAACCAACGGGUAUGCUGAGAAGCCACACGGCGCCCGUGAGCUACAUCCACGUCUCCUCAGAGGAUAGCAAAAUACUCUCUAUGUCCAUCGACAACACUGUUAAGAUCUGGGAUUUGGAGACCCACAGCUGCUUGUUCACAGCCUCCUCCAAAGCCAGUGGUAUUAAAGGGGAGUUCGCAACCUGCCUUUACCUUCCCGGCCCCCGAGCCCUGUGCGUGGCCACGGAUGCUGUGGCACUCCUGCAGCUGAGACUGAGGUCUUCCGCAGAGCCUCACCUGGCGCUUUCUCACCAAGAGCCUGUGGUAUGCUGUGGCUAUAACCCAACCUUCAGGCACGUGGUGAGCUGCUCAGAAGCAUCUGUAGUAAAAGUGUGGGACUUAGACACAGGAACACACUUGUCUGAAUUUAUUGGAGAUCAUGGCAAUGCCGGGGUUACUUGUCUGACCUUUGACUCCAGUGGAAGGAGGCUUGUCACUGGGGGCAGAGACGGCUGUCUGAAAAUCUGGAGCUAUAACAACGGACACUGCCUGCAUACCCUGAAACAUGAUGUGAAACAAAGUGAAGUCUGUGAUUGCACCUACCUGGUGGUAAAUCAAAACAAGUAUGUCAUUGCGGUCGGAUGGGACCGGAGAAUAAAUACGUACUUUGAUGCCCCACACGACUUUCAUCACUUCUGGAAGCCACAGCCUCCCUGGCAGGAUGACCUGAACCAUGGGCACAAGGAAGACAUUCUCUGUGUGGCUCAAUGCCCACCUUUUCUUCUGGCCACCUCCAGUUACGAUGGAGAGAUUAUCAUUUGGAAUGUCAUCUCAGGCCAUAUAUACUGCAAGCUGCACACUCCUAGCCAUGUGGAUGGUCUGGAACACGGAGAAGGUCCAGACCAAAGUAUUUCUUGCCUCACUUUCCUAAAGACUCGGGCAGCCAGAUUAGACUCGGUAGCUGCUUCCCUCAUGGCCAAUGGGCCUGGAGGUUCUGUCACCUUCUGGAGGCUAUUUGGUGAGGCUGGCCUCAUGGCAGACUUCACUCCUUCCAGAGAGAAAACCCAGGUGAGCCGCAUGGCAGUAACAGCAGGAGAUACCUUCGCCUACCUGGCUGACCAUCAAGGCUUUGUGCACAUCUAUGACAUCAAGGACUACAGCCUGCAGGGACCAGAGCUGCAGCCUCCCAAAAAUGUGACCUUCUGGAGAGCCCAUGUCAACACAGUGACUUCUUUGGAGCUGAUUGAGGAAGAAAACAUGUUACUAUCAUCCUCUCUGGACUGCACUGUGUGUCUGUGGAGCAGAGAUGGGGCAUGCAUAGGCACCUUUGGGCAGAGUAGACCCUGGGAUAUUUUAAUGCCUGCCACCUGGAGUCAUCUAAGAAGCCCGGAUGAGAUUUUGACAGAUUCCCAGAGCAUGGCUGCUCACCCUGUGCUGGAAGGAGAUGCUCCUGCUGGGUACAAAGGACAGGAGGGGCAGGACAACAAGAGGGAGACGAAGGUCCAUGAUGAGAUUGAAAAGAUUUGUAACCUUCAUUCUCCAGAAGAUUCCAUUGUUGAUGAUGAGGUGAAAGAAGGCAUGAACAAGCAGCUUGCAUUUUUCCACAGCAGGCUGCAGCCAGCGCUGAACAGGCCUCGCCAGAAAGUGCCAGAUCCCGGGUGGCCCAGCAUUUACCAGAGCCUCCGGUGCCAUGGGAUUGACUGUGUGUCUGCCCUUGGGGAAAAGCCAGAUUUUUCUAUGAUGGGCUCGGAUUUGUUCGAUGUGAACUUCUACCCGCAGGAAGAAGUGGAGCUAUCCAGAAGGAGCACUGAUCCUCUGUCUGAGUGUUGA